GGCCUAUUGUUGCUCUCACUGAGCCUAUUGCCUAUUCCGGACUAGCUUACUUCCCGAGAUAACUCCGCCCUCACUUGUUCCGCCAGCUCAAAGAGCUCUCACGUCUCUCACUUCCAUCAAGACCAUCUAUCUGUCGUUGCUGCUUUUAAUUUUGAUAGAUUGGCUCAAUUUAUUUGCCUCCAAUAUCUCAACCCGUCCAUGAACAAAACCUAGUGCGUCUCUGCCUCUGCAGGCGCGUUUUCGACACCGAAGGACGGACUACAAAACGCCGACGCCGCAGAUUUCCCUUUGAUCAGACUCACUUCUCCUCGAACUCAAAAUGCCUCACGCGACGGGACCGGGUGCAUCUGAACCCGAAGAUGCUGACUUCGACAAUGUGAUGAGACAGCUGAACGGCCCCUUUGGGGAAGGCGACGUGUCUUUUGAUUUCAUGACACGCGAGUUGGACCCCGGAGAGAAAGCGGACGACGCCGUUGACUACGAGGACUUUGAUGACGACGAGCUUCCUGAGGAAGAAGAGGCUGCAACUACCCUUCCUGCGGAAGGUACAGCGGCUACAGUUCGGGAGGACGAUGAUAUCCAAGGCCUAUUCGAUGAACCCGAUGAUCUGUUUGGGGAGCAGACAAAAGAUGGACAGGCGGCAGAUGAUGGCCUGGAUGAUCUGUUUGGUGAUGGCACAGCGGCAGAAGAACAGGAAUAUCAGAUGAAGGAUCUGUUUUUUGAAGAAGGGGGACCCUCGGCUGCUGGUACAGCCAUCCCACCUCCUGCCGCAGAGACUCUCGAGACUGUGAGAAUGGAUGAGGAGGAAGAAAUAUCAGAAGAAGAAGACGCCAUGUCCACAGCUGAAGAGGAUAUGGAUCCAGCUACUCUACGAGCGUGGAAGCUUCAGCAGGCCCUGUUUGCGAUGUCUGCCUACGGUCCAGAUAACCCGCCCGCACCACCGGAGAAUGCCGAAGAGCUUCUGCAGUCUCUGUUUCCUGGCUUCGAUCCCAAGGUUCUACCCCGGUUUUUGGAACUCAUCCCCCACAAGAAGGCCUUCUUCGUUGGCAAGCAACCUCUUAAACCCCCAAGGCCCGUUCUACCAACGAAAGUCAGUAUCGAACUCGCACAGGAUCAGGAGAAGUCAUUCAAAAUGGCAGGCAAAGUUCAUAAACGCCCGUUCGAGUCCGAGCAUUUCGGAACCGUGCAUAUAACUGACCAUCGGGAAGAAGAAGAAGAAGAUAAUGACUUUAAGGCAGACUUCGAUCACGAUAUGGAUAAUGACGAAAUCCUUCCUGGAGGAAUCAGCCUGGAAGAUCUUCAGGUCGUAUGCACAAAUUGGGACGUCCAAUCUGAAUUGUCUGAGAUGGAAGUUGAUGAGGAGCCUUUUGUAAAUGGGAUGGAAGAUGCAGUCGGUGAGGACGAUUGGCUUGUUGAGACGACUCGUCCAGCGAAAAAGCGCAAGGUCGGGCCAGACCCUUCCGAUGUUAUCGCUUUGUCUCAUAUCGAUAUACCACUUCUUGACGACCCCGAACAAGUGACAUCUAGAAUUGCUCGGAAGGUUACGCUCGACAUGAAUGAUCCUCACUUAGUCUUGGAUGAACGGAACGCUGAAUCCGUGGCACAGGUACCCAAAGCCUUGCGAGCUUUCAGCAGGGAUGAAAUGGAUGCCAGCCUUACUCGACGCCUGAAUCAGCGCUACAAUAUAUCGAACGAUCAGGCGUACGACAUGUUGAAACAGAACCACCAGAACAAAGUCCGGAGCACCUUGGGCAAUGUUAGUCUUGAACACAGUAUGCCAGCAUUGCGUUUACAGUGGCCAUAUUACAAGACAGAGCUAGCCAAAGCGGAAGCUCGAUCAUUUCAUCGUCCAGCUUUGUCUUUUCGUCCAGGUCAAACUUGUUGGUUCAAGAACCCAUCGCAUGUCAAACGCAAGCACCAAAAGGGCAAGGAUAUCAAAACUCUUUACAAUACGACAAAGGAUCUCUCAAUGGCAGAUAACUCAAACGUCCUGCUACUUGAAAAUUCAGAAGAAGUGCCAACCAUGCUGUCGAACUUUGGAAUGGCCAAUCGUUUCAUCAAUUACUAUCGAAAGAAGAGCAUGGAGGACCCUACUCGUCCAAAAGCGGAAAUUGGUGAAACAGCCGUCCUUCUUCCACAAGACAAGGGCCCAUUCUCUAUCUUUGGGCAUGUGGACCCUGGUGAGGUCACGCCAACAAUCUCAAAUUCCAUGUAUCGGGCACCAUUGUUCCAGCAUAAGGCUAAAACAACCGAUUUCCUUGUGGUGCGCAGCAGUACAGGCUCCAGCGGUAGCAACUAUUAUCUCAGAAAUAUUGAAAACCUGUAUAUUGUAGGGCAACAAUUCCCGUCCGUCGAUGUUCCUGGCCCGCAUUCACGAAAGGUCACGACAGUUGCGAAGAAUCGCAUGAGAAUGCUUGUUUAUCGCCUUUUGAAGAAAAGUCCAGACUUGAGACUUUCAAUAAGCGACGUCACGGCCCAUAUACCCGGCACCACUGAUAUGCAGAACCGCCAGAAAGUGAAAGACUUCCUUCAGCAUGACAAGGAUUCAAAGUAUUGGGUACCGACGGAGCCGGUUCCUGACCAAGAUACCAUUCGGUCUUGGGUUCAGCCAGAAGACGUCUGCCUUCUGGAAUCCAUGCAAGUCGGUCAACAGCACCUUCACGAUACUGGUUACGGGAACGAUGCCGAAACUGGAGGUGAUGACGACGAAGAUGCAGAGGGGGAAAGUUUCGAACAAUUGAUGGCUCCUUGGAAGACUACCCGGAACUUCCUCCUGGCAUCCCAGGGUAAGGCCAUGCUUAAGCUCCAUGGAGAAGGCGAUCCCACCGGCCGUGGUGAAGGAUUCAGCUUUAUCAAGACAUCUAUGAAAGGGGGGUUCAAAGCUAUUGGCGAAAGUGUGGAGGACAAGCUUGACGCGCAAAGGCUUAAAGAGCUCGGCGGGCAUAGUUACAACGUUGCCAGACAGCAGAAAUCAUAUGAGACGUCUAUUCGACGAAUCUGGGAUGCCCAGAUGGCUAGCUUAUCUUCCACCGUCGAGCAAUCUGAUGAAGAGAGCGAUAUGGACCAGGAGGAGGAAGAGUUCGGUAAACCUACUCCGCGAUCUGAAGCUCCUACACCUGCUCCGCUUCGUCGCGAUGACGAGACUACCAGCCAGUUCAGUAAGAUUAGCGCUACGAGCCAGAGGGGCAAAGUUCUGCGUAUCAUGCGUGACUUCAGGGAUGAGAACGGUCAAAUAGUCCGCAAAGAACAAGUUAUCUGGGAUCCCCGUGUUAUUAGGAAAUAUAUGCAACACCGACACCGAUUUGAAACGUUGCAUACGAAACUCGAAUCACUUCAGCCAACGGGCGAUCCGGAAGUGGACGCUCGCAACAAGAGACUCAUCGAGGCCGAGUUAAGCCGGCUCAACCGCAACAAAGAACGUCGCUUCGCCCGUGAGAAGCAGAAGGGAGUGGUUAGGGGGUCAACUGGAGAGUCCCCAGCCGAUGGGCAAACACCAUCCACACCCGCCAAAGCAGGAGGAACCCAGCGAAAGUGCGCCAACUGCGGUCAGGUCGGCCACAUAAAAACGAACAAAAAACUCUGUCCCCUCCUCAACGGUACAAUGCGCCCACCAGACCCCACCGCCGGAUCCGCCUUCCCAAUGGGCGCGCCGCCGAUUGUUUAAUAAAAAAAAGGUACAUCCAUAUUUAGUACUUACCAUCCUCAAUAUUAUCAUCUCCGUUUGCAAUUGAUACCCCGGGUCCCUCGUCUUUUUUAAUCUCCUUUCUUUCUGCUGAUUUUGUUCUUUGUUGGGUGGCUGUAUUUCAAUUCAAUUCUACAUUGUUUUCCCGGGUGGGGUUGCAGAAAUAUUGCAGAUAUGCUUAUGUGGGCCAAGGGGCCAUGGAUGAUUUCUCGAUUCCCAUGGCCAGCAGGAGUUCACCUAUGGUGGUGUUGGUUGUUUUUAUGUGAAACUUACAUUUCUUUCAUCUCGCUGAAGCAUGUGCAGAAUGUAUAAUUUGAAUUUCCUUUUGAUGAGCACUGCCGCUCCGAGGUCAUUAAAUCGAGAAUACUAUACGCUGGGCUUUUGAGGCAGCUGAACCUA